AUGAAAAAGUUUAUGAAUAUAAUUUUUUUUUUGUGUGUGUGUGCAACAUAUGUGAGUUCCCAGGCAGAUCAAAUAAUUAACGAACGAUUAGACAAGUUUGUUUUUUUAAGUUGUAACAAUCAUAAAAAGAAACCCAACACCAAUUUAAUAAAAUCCAUUGAAAAAAAAAAACCACAAUUGAUGUUAUGGAUAGGAGAUUAUUUUUAUUCAGAAUGUAGAGAACUUAAAUGUCUAAAAGAAGCAUAUGAAUAUAUUAAAAAAGAUAAAUAUUAUAUAAAUAUAAAAAAAAAAUUCACGAUUGAUGGAAUUUAUGAUGAUCAUGAUUAUAAUUGUAAUAAUGGAGACCGUUUAUAUAAAUAUAAAAAAGAAAGUAAAACUAUGUAUUUAGAUUAUUUAGGUGUCGAUAAAAAUGAUAUAAGAUACAAAAGAAAUGGAGCAUAUUUUUCUAAAUUAUAUAUAGAUCCAAAUGAUGAAAAUAAUCAAGUUAAAAUUAUUAUUUUAGAUACAAGAUAUAAUAAAGAUCCUUAUCCAUAUUAUUCCAUUGAAUCACAUAAUGAUCAUUUUAUUAGUUUGGCUCUAUCCUUAUUAUCUCGUGUGCAUGCAUCAUUAUUUGGAUUUUAUUGUAAUAGUAACAAUGAUAUACUAGGAAAUGAACAAUGGAAAUGGUUGGAAAAAGAAUUUACUAAUUCUAAAGCUCGUGCUCACAUCGUUAUAUCAUCUAUACAGGUUUUCGCCAAUUUUAUAAUAAACGAAAAUUGGGGGUUGAUGCCUGCAGCCUUAAAGAGACUAAAGGCAUUAAUAAAAAAAACAAAACCAAAAGGAUUAGUAUUUUUAAGUGGUGAUGUACAUUAUGGUAGUAUAAUUGGAAAUGAGGAAGAUAUCAUUGAGGUAACAAGUAGCAAUGUAAAUCAGGAAAAUAUAUUUAGCCCUAUUAUUAAUUAUUUUGCUUAUUAUAUUUCAUAUUUAUUAAAUAAAAAAACACCUUUUAUAUUCGACAAAAUAUACGGAUUUAGUAAUUAUGGUGAAAUUAAUAUUACUUAUCCAGAUAAAAAUAAAAUAAAUCUUAAAAUUUCUAUAAAUAGUUCAAAUGGCGAAGAAGUUAUAUCAGCUAAUCAAUCUUUUAAUAAUCAAAAAGAUAUAUAUGUCAAAACAAAAGAUAUUCAUUUAAUAAAUGAUGAUUUUGCAUGUUUAUCAUGUAAAAGCAAAUCAAAAGUAUUUAUGAUUUUUAUUGCUUAUAUAUUAUAUAUAUUAUGGUGCCUUCAAAUUUUUUUCAUUAUUUUAAAAAUUAUUAUCCAUAAAAAAGGUGCAAAAGAGAUACAUAAUAGUAAUAAGGAAGAUGCCGUGCAAAAAAAAAAUAAAUAA